ACAAAAUUUAAAAAUCCUCUUAUUUUAUUUAUAAUUUUUUACAACUAAAAUAUUUCUUAUGGAUGAUUUUUAUUAAACCACUUUUAUAUAGUUUGUAUGGCCGGAGUGAAGUCGUGAAUGUUGACAUUCAAUAUGGCGGUAUGUCGUCAGUGCUAUGCUGUGUCGUGCUUCUGAGUGUCGGUUUCGGGCAAACGGUAUAGCCUAUAGAUAGAAACAGAAUAUACGAUUACCUUCAACAAGCCGAUGUACCACAGAGCUCCGAUUCAGCAAGCAUUGAAGACAUCUGAGGAUCUAGUAUAUCAUAAUCAUAAGUAGAUUUAUUUUUCAAUAUUAGUGGUUUUGGUGAAGAAAUUGUGACACUUGUGAAAGAGACAUGUUGGUGUUCCAAUGAACACAAAGACUAAUGAAAAUGUGAUUUGUUUUCAAUAAAUUGUAACCACUUUUUAAAUUACAUUAUUCUGUGAUAUAUUCGUAAAUACAGCGUUUUUCGAGACAUAUACACAGAAGAUACAGCACUAAACAAGGAAUAAUGUCAAGUAAUCCUCAGUGGAAGAUGUUCCAGCCGCCAGAUUCACACUCAUCACCCCUGCAGGAUAUUCUAGAUCUCCAGCAUUCUAACAUGCAGGCCAAACAGGCCUAUCGAAAUGGUACGUUUAGCAGCGAUUAUCCAAGUUCUCCAAGAGAUAAUUAUAACAACGUGGGAAAGACUGGCGGGGGUGGCGGCAAUCGCUUCACUCUCGCCAACUAUAACAUAGACGGGUGCCCGAUGGGCGACUCGGUGGGGGUCUACUCCACCAGCUCCAACAACACAUCGUCCCAGCAAUACGACUCUGCCAACCACCCGCCUAUCAGAGAAACUGGGAUUAUUGAAAAGCUACUGCAUUCCUACGGAUUCAUACAGUGUUGUGAGAGGCAGGCACGCCUGUUCUUUCAUUUUAGCCAGUUUAGUGGAAACAUUGAGCAUCUCAAGAUCGGGGAUCCCGUGGAGUUUGAGAUGACUUACGAUCGACGAACGGGCAAGCCUAUUGCUUCCACAGUCACCAAAAUAGCACCUGAAGUGGUAUUGAGCGAAGCGCGAGUAACGGGUACCGUGACCACCGAAGUGAAGGGCGAGGGCUCCGGCGACAAUACGGGCAGGAUAUCGUACGAGAACCGCGGCGAGUGCUUCUUCCUGCCCUAUACGAAGGAUGACGUCGAAGGCAACGUCACGCUGCACACCGGCGACGCUGUCAGUUUUCAAAUCGCUACCAAUCAGAGGGGCACCCUAGGCGCAUGCCAUGUGCGCUUCGAGAACCCCGUGCACCCGGUGAAGUACCACGGCGUGGUGUGCUCCAUGAAGGACAACUUCGGGUUCAUCGAGCGCGCCGACGUGGUCAAGGAGAUCUUCUUCCACUACUCGGAGACUAAGACCAAAGAGGAGCUCGCGCUGGGCGACGACGUUGAGUUCAUCAUUCAGACUAGAAAUGGAAAGGAAGUAGCCUGCAACAUAACGAAGCUGCCAAGCGGCUCGGUCGUGUUCGAGGACGUGAGCCCCGAGAUGAUGAAGGGGCAGGUGCUGAAGCCGCUGGAGAAGGGCGCCGCGCGCGCGCCGCAGAACGACCCGCUCCCCGGCCGCAUCCGGUACCGCGCCGCGGACCACUCAGAGGUUGAGGUGCCGUUCGGCGAUAAGGAUCAGUGCGGCGAGUUCACGCUGAAGCAUGGCGACUGGGUGCAGUUCCAAGUGGCCACGGACCGCAGGGAUCAACUCAAGCGCGCCACCAAUAUCUCCUUGCUGGAUGAGUCCUUCAACGUUUCUGGAGAGAGGCGGGAGCAAGGCGUGGUGUGCUCUCUCCGGGAAGGCUUCGGUUUCCUGCGCUGCGUGGAGCGCGAGCAGACCAUGUUCUUCCACUUCGCGGAGGUGCUGCGCUUCGGCCUCAUGGCCGAGAACCCCAAGGACCCCAAGGACCCUAACAACGCCAACAAGUAUAUACUCAGCGUCGGUGACGAGGUGGAAUUCACCGUGGACCCUGUGACGUCGUUCUCAAACAUGAACACGCGCCAGAGCGCCAUCCGCAUCAAGCACCUGCCGCCCGGCUCCGUGCACUUCGAGACCCUGGUCGAGCGGGGAGUGCGCGGCGUCGUCACUAAAGAGGCACAGCUCUACAGCUCCAACUCGAGCCCUACUAGGAACCCGCCUCCAGAAUAUAAUGGCGUUAUCAGUUGUCAAAUCAACGGAGCUAAGAAGAAUCUUACCUACAUGGCCAAGAAGUGCGACUCCAAGAUGCUGCCUCGAGUUGGCGAUAAGGUCAUCUUCGAUAUUUAUCAGGUGAAGAGAACCAAGGAGCUGGUAGCGAUGUCAGUGACGAUCCAACACAGCCUGACGAACGGCGGCGCCAGCAACGGCAGCGCCUCGUCGCGGGGCGUACUGCACGGGUUCAUCGCCGCGCUCAAGGACGGCUUCGGCUUCAUCGAGACCUCCGACCACAGCAAGGAGGUGUUCUUCCACUUCAGCAAUCUGGAGGGCAACCCGGACAACCUGGAACUAGGCACGGAGGUGGAGUACGGGCUGGGUCGCGCGGGCGGCUCGGGCGGCGGGUGCGCCAGCGCCGAGUUCGUGCGCGUGCUGCCGCGCGGCACCGUGCCGCUCGCCAAGCCGCUCGAGCCCGCGCUCAACGGCACCGUCACCCGCACGCUGCGGGCGCUUAACCCGGAUCAACCUAAAUAUUGCGGUCUGAUUCAAAUGGAGGGUGGCACGUCUUACGAGUUCGGAAUCAUGGGGCUGGCGUGCAAGCGCGAGAUCCUGCAAGUCGGCGACCCGGUCACCUUCCAGGCGGACGCGGAGGGCCGCGCCACCAACAUCGUGCCCAUACGCAAGAAGCGACGCGCCACCGUUGACGCCAUCAAAGGAGGUUUCGGUUUCCUGUCGCUGUCGAUGGAGGCGGAGGAGCAGCGGCGGCUGUUCUUCCACAUGUCGGAGGUGCGCGGCAACCCCGCGGAGCUGCAGCCCGGCGACACGGUGGAGUUCGUCAUGCUCACCAACCCGCGCAACGGCAAGAGCAGCGCCUGCAACGUCGUCAAAGUCUCCAGCGGCAAGACUGGCGUGAAGCCCCGCCCGGAGCGGCCCGAGCGGCUGCUGGCGCGGCUGCGCACUGCCUCGCUGGAGGAGUCCGGCGCGCCGCGCGUCAUCGUGGUGCGCGGCCCGCGCGGGCCCGACGGCUCGCGAGGCUUCCGUCCGCGCCGACCCAUCGCAGAAUUAUUAGCCGAGUGAACAUGAGCGGGCGACGCACCGCGGCCUCUGGACACCGGCAGCUACGUUUGUAGGUAAACCUCCUAAUGGUUUGAUUUUCAAUUCAAAUUGUUUCAUUGUAUUCACGAGAGACUGACUGAUUCUCUUUUCUUUAGCAGCAUUUAGAGAAAUUGUUUUGUGAUUUUUACUAAUUGUAGGAGAAAAAAACACUGUUAAUAAAUUGGCAGCAGCCAUGAUACCGAUCAAGUUACAUCCACGUUGCGGCUUGUGAUCAAUGAGCGAUGAACAUAUCAACUUUAACCGGACCUUUAUUAUUUGCUUGAUUACCAAUAUCCUUAUUACGUAGGUAAGAGGUUCUUUUUAGCAUGGCUACUUUGUUCAAAAUUCCGUUUGACAUAUUGUACUUUAGCUGUUAUUAUGGUUUGCCAAGUUCAGCUCUCGAAUACUAUUGUAAAUAUCCACCGCAGCAGUCAGCCGCCUGAUCUGUAACCGACUGACUGCUGCGUUGGACAUCCAUUUGAAUAUAAUAUGUGCUUAUUUGUAAGGAGAAAAAUCAUCUCUGACUCGUGAGUGUUCUGUACCCAGGACGCGUUCUGUCUGUAUGUAGGUGACACAUAACAAAUGAGGGUUUCUAGAUCUCACGUUAUUGUAACUUAUUGCAAGUAGAUCUCUGUCGGUUUAGUCUCUUCUGUGAUUAUGUAAAUUUUUUUUGUGCAAUACAUUUGAAAAACAAAAGUGGCCCGUUUAGGGCGGUAUGACGCGUCGCUUGAUGCUUUGUAAAUUGUUUUCGCCGAUCUUACGAGCCCCGAGCGACGGCGACCUAUUUUCGAAAUCUUAAAGGGCGUGAUUCCACCUUGUGAAUUAACCUUUAAAUAUAUCUACGAGCAAUGUAAUUUAAUACAAUUUACCCGAUUUUACUGCUCAUGGUUAUAUUUUAAUCAAUUGUUCUCGACUCAUUUGUGAGACUUGGCGCCGAAUCACGAAUGACAACAAUAUUAAUUCACGAAAUGGAUGAACCCCGACUAUGAAAACAGGUUCCUUGCCGAUAUAAGUCUUAUAAGACGCAGUUUGCCUUUUUGGAUGCAUGUAUUUACGAGUAAGUAGUGUAUUGUUUGCAUUGCCUAACCCUCUUAAAGAAAUUGGCAAAUAUUUUGUUUGUAAAUUAUGGUGAUGAGGAUAGGUUCUUGUUAUAUACCAAAUCAAUGUUUACCAAAGGACUAGAGUAUCAUGGAAUACUCUAACUUGGUGUGACUACGUGUCUGGUGCAGUCGAUCAAUAAAAUCAAACUGUUCAAUCUAUGAAAUACGAUUUCCUGAAUCCGUCAGUUAAUAUUUUUCUAUAAAAUUUAACACUGGAAUUUGAAUCAUGUUGUGUAAGUAUAUAAAAUUUAUAUUAUUGAACAUUUUGUUUUAAAAUCAAAUUAAAAAUAAAAACAAAGAUGUUAUUUUUAUCAAAACUCUAGAUCACUUUUGUAGGUGGGCCAUUUUAUUUAAAGUUGUCCCCUACCCUUUUUUUUCAAAUUUGGGAUCUUUUAUGUUAUUUCUACUCAGAAUCACGAGCUCUUUAUAUAAUAGGAGAAAAUAAUUGUCCCAAGGUUUUUUCCCAUUCCGUUACCAUUUUUUCAUAGACUUUGUAUGGCGGUUUCGUAAUGGAAAGAUCGAAAAAUGUAUGGAAAUCUUGGGACACUUUUUUUCUCCUAUUAGGAUCAAAAGAGCUCAUGAUUCUGAGUAGAAAUAACAUAAAAAAUCCCAAUUUAAAAAAAAAGUGUAGGGGAUAACUUUAAAUAAAUGGCCCAGGUAUAUCGUUGUUUAUUCGAUCUGAAUCAAAUUAAAUACAUAAAUUGUCUGUAUUUUAAACAUUAAGAUCCUGUUCAAUAAUGGCGAGUUAAAAUUCGCAUACUAAAAGAAAAAGGCGGUAGGUUCAUUAUUAGUUAUGGAUUAGAUUAGGUGCGCGCGCCACUGACUGUUGUGCACGGAGCGACGACACUGGCGGACUUCCGCUUUUAUUAUACCUAUCUAAUUAUUGCAUUACACCUUGCCUAUUUAGUAUGUACUAAUUCAUUUCAUUAUAUAGGGUGGCCCUCACAGACUAACUUUAUUCUGUCAUCAUAAAUUCCGUACACGGCGGGAAGAAGUUGAUAACUCGAGAUAUUUUAUUGAAGAAAUUUGAACUUUUAAUAAAAUUACAUAAAGUUCAAAUUUCUUCAAUUUUUUCUCGCCACUUAUCAACUUCUUCCCGCCGUGUACGGCAUUAUAAUAAAAAAAAAGUGGUAUUGUGAAAAAAUCUAAAAUGUUUACUAAAGAAACAAUUUAUACUUUGGAAAUACUUACACCAAAACUUCUGAGUAUAAGGUGUUUGUUUUAAACUGUCAAAAUCCCAAUGUACACUACUGUAAAUUUACAAUAUCUAUAAUAACUGUUGUCUAUAUUUUGUUGUUGUUUAUGUGACGAAUAUUACGUUGAGUUCGUUUUGAAUGUAUAGUGAGAAAGGUAAAAUUUGUCUGGUGGUGUGUGUCGGCGCCCCCGCAGCGCCGGUUCCCGGUCCCGGUCCGUCUUCAUCUGGUAUGUGUCGCCCGAUCCACAAGUGCCGAUGGCUAAUCCCACUCUACCUGAUAUAUAUAUAUAUAUAUACUUUACUUAAAAACUAAAUGAACAAAAAUCAAACUAAUCGGAUAAAAAAAGCAUUUAUAGAAGUAUGCAAUGUACUGGAAUGGAACCAAAGACUGAAAAAAAAAAUAUUUAUUACAAUAAUAAUAUUGGUGUUAGAUUAUUUUAAUUAACGGUAUGUUGUGAACAUUCACUUUGUGGUCGUAGUAAUGAUGUAGUUUGUCAUCGUUCGAUAUUGUUUUAUGGCAAAUGAAGUAUCUAUGACUGGCGGAUGUGUGGCGCGUUGUUACGUUCUUUAAGCCCCUUUAGACGGUUCAAGAACUUGCAUGCGACUUUCGUUACAUUGCGGUAUUUGGUCGAUCGUUUGAAUUCAUUGUAAUGUAUCGAAUAUUGCAUGCAAGUUGUUGAACCAUCUAAAUGUGGCAUUAAACGUAGCUUUUUUGGAAUCAAUUCAUGUAGAAGAUAUUGAUUUCUAGCGGCGCCUAACUAUCAGUUGUGUAGACUGAAAGUAUUCAAGCAAUACGAUAAUGUGUUCAAGAUCGUAUUCAGACGAAGGGAUAGUAUAAGCUGGCGACGGUAGGACGCUUCCCUCCCCGCCUUCCUCUACCUACGCCGCGGCCGUCUUUUCCUCCCUCUUUCUUAUCGUUACUAUCAAUUACUUUGCUAGUGCUUAAUAAACUGCACUGCGCUUAUUAUUGAUUAGGUACAUCAAUUGUGCGAGUAUUGUUUGAAAAUAUGUAAAAUAAAUUUAACCUAUAAGUCAAAAUAAACAUGUAUAGAAUUAAAGAAUUAAAAAUAUAUAAAAAGGAAUUUUGAACAAAACGUUAAAAAAUUGCGCUUUAUAAUACAAGAUUUUAAUUGCUGUAUCAUAUAUAAUGCUUAUGUAACCAUAACUUAGUAAUAGUCUUAAUAGUAUAAUAAUCAGGAUAUUUGGUGUUGUAGCGUACGAAGGUAAUCCCCGGGUCUGUUCGGGUAUAGGUAUUAUUAUUAUACUAGUCUUAAACGAUCACGCCGAUUGUCAUACUACGCAGACGAUAGAUGUAGUGCUACCGACGGCAGUCGCCGUCGCCGUCGCCGCCGCGCCGGGAGCUGCCGCGGCCGUGUGACCGCGAGCUCACGACCCACAGUUCUGUGACACGCCACGACACGUAGCUGUAAUUUCGUGAACCACUCGGAAAUGCCAUUGCCUAAAAGAACCUCUGAAACAGAAUAUGUAUGUCUAACAAAAAAAAAAUGUUAUAAAAAAUAUAUAAGCCUUUCAGAAUUACAAACUUUUAAAGUAAUCAUAAGAGUUUAUUUUAAUUUAGUUGGAAUGUAUUCGUUAGUCAAGUUAUCUAUGCCAAAUGUUUAUACAACCCCAUACGGUUUUGGGAGCGUGAAUGAAAUGGAUGUAGGUCACGUUCGCGGGCACCCACCGCGCACCCUGGAGCCGCCGAGGAGUGCCGUGGGGCCACCGCCACCCAAGCUUCUCACCCCAUACCGACUGUCCAUUUAGUUUCACGAUCAGAUGUAUUUUACUACGUGAGUUUCUUGUAGAGGAGCCAUUAACACGGUACAACUUUCGAAUUUUAAUGUUAACGUGAUAAUUUUUAUAUAUGUGAUGCCUUUAUAGGAGUUGUUGAGGAACUGGCUACUUUACACGAUCCGUUAACGUGCUGUUGUGAAAUUCCGGUCGCGGUGUCGCUCGGGCCUAAAUUUAUCGUAAUCGGGGACAAGAAAUAGUCUCACUAGUUAUCCUAUUGCUUUCUCAGAUUCGUGUACCUAUCUUUUUAAGUUAUUUUGUAAUCCGGACUUUCUUUUGUAGUUAGGUUUCUCAUUCCACUGAGAAAGUAAAUAGAAUAGAAGUGAGACGGCUCGACGGCGUCGCGUCACGAGAUUUUCACUGAUCAUAAUCGUCAGCGAUGCCUAACCCGUGCCCUCGAGCGCGGGCCUUCUCGCUUACCCCGCCCGGUUGCCUGCCGUCGACGCGACGCAGCAGGGGAAGGGUUAACGUAGCCACGUUGGUUAGCUCGUUGGACGUUUAUGACGCUCUAUACGUUGGAACGAUUGCAUAUUCUAAAGUUCUUGUGAUUGUUUGCCGUCGGCCGGCCCCGGUCCCGCGGGCCGGCACACCAUGUUUAUAGCUUGUACGACUCGUGCGAAUAGGUACAUACAUAUACCAAUAAACGAUGUGAUUACGCCA